UGACCUAUCAUAUGAUAUACCGCCGCUGAAAAAAUCAUCCCACUUCGUUGUCUGCCCCCAGCCACAUUUCAUUUGUUGCCUUCAUUUCGUCAUAUCUUCCGGCUGGAGAUAAUAAUUGUUAUUUAUUGUUUAUUUAAAUCUUUUUGUUGACUUAUAAGUAUUUUCACAGAAAAUGGCUGAUGACCUGAUUGCGAAAUUCCAAUCACUUGGAAUGAGUGAACAGAAGGCCAAAGAGACGGCAAAAAAUGCAAACGUGAGCAAAAAUUUACAGCUGGUACUGGAACAAUGCAAUGGUGCAUCCUUGGCCGAUGGUGUGGGUAUGUUGCUGUAUCACAUGGCCACAAAAAUUAAACCACAGUGUGCGGAAAAUUUGCCACUACUCGUUCUUUAUAUUGUGGAGAAGAAACUGGACUCCACAAUGAGAGUGGAUGCCGCCUUGGAAUAUCUGCUUAAAUGUGCCGUCCAGAAAAAGGGCCAGAGUAUUGAUUGCGCCGAAUUGAAUAAAGAAUGUGGUGUGGGAGUGGUGGUGACACCUGAAGAAAUUGAAAGUGUGGUCCAAAAGCAAGUGGCCAAGCACAAGGAAGCUUUGUUGGAACAGCGUUAUCAUUUCAAUAGUUUUAAAAUUAUGCAGGAGGUAAGAGAGCAGCUUAAAUGGGCUGAUGCCAAGAGUGUAAAGGCAGCCAUUGAUGUGGAAAUCUUCGAUUUGUUGGGACCCAAAACAGAGGAGGAUAUGAAACCUUUGGCCAAGGGUGACAAGAAAAAAGAAAAGCCCAAGGCAGCAGAUAACAAAGCGGCACAGAACAAAACCUCAGCAACGGCAGCUAGUAAGGAAGUGGAAACAUCGUCAGAUGGAGCCAACACCAUUGCCGAGUUGAUGAAAAACAAGGUACAUUUCCAUGCACCUGGUGAGAAUUACAAAACCGAUGGUUAUGUGGUGACAGACAAUACAGAAAGGCUGUUGAAAGAACAUCUCAAGGCCACUGGUGGUAGGGUCCAGACCCGUUUCCCACCUGAGCCCAAUGGUAUUCUACACAUUGGCCAUGCCAAGGCAAUUAAUAUUAAUUUCGGCUAUGCUGCUGCCCAUAACGGCGUUUGCUAUUUACGUUAUGAUGACACCAAUCCCGAAAAGGAGGAAGAGAAAUUCUUUGUUGGCAUUAAGGAUAUGGUGGAAUGGUUGGGCUACAAACCAUAUAAAAUUACCCAUUCCUCGGACAAUUUCCAGCAGUUAUAUGAAUGGGCUGUGGUGUUGAUACGUAAAGGUUUGGCCUAUGUUUGCCACCAGACGGCCGAUGAAAUGAAGGGUUUCAAUCCCAAACCAAGUCAGUGGAGAGAUCGUCCCAUAGAAGAGUCACUGCAGCUUUUUGAAGACAUGAAAAACGGUAAAAUUGAUGAGGGAGCUGCCACAUUGCGUCUCAAGGUGACUCUGGAAGAGGGCAAGGUUGAUCCCGUGGCAUAUCGUAUUAAAUUCAUUGCCCAUCAUCGUACCGGCAACAAAUGGUGUAUUUAUCCCACAUAUGACUACACUCACUGCCUUUGUGAUUCCUUGGAAAACAUUACCCAUUCGCUGUGUACCAAGGAAUUCCAAUCGAGAAGAUCCUCCUAUUACUGGCUGUGCAAUGCCUUGGAUAUAUACUGUCCCGUACAAUGGGAAUAUGGUCGUUUGAAUAUGAACUAUGCUUUGGUAUCGAAACGUAAAAUUGGCAAAUUGAUAACGGAAAAGAUUGUCAACGAUUGGGAUGAUCCACGUCUAUUCACCUUGACAGCAUUGCGUAGAAGAGGCUUCCCCGCAGAGGCAAUCAAUAAUUUCUGUGCCCAAAUGGGUGUGACAGGGGCUCAAAUUUCCGUUGAUCCCUCCAUGUUGGAGGCAUCGGUACGUGAUGUCCUGAAUGUAACAGCUCCCCGAAGAUUGGUGGUAAUUGAACCUCUCAAAGUUACACUGGAGAACUUCCCCCAUGCAAAACCAAUUGAAAUUGAUGUUCCCGAUUUCCCGCAAAAUCCCGAGAAGGGCUCACAUAAAAUGACACUGGAUCGUGUUAUUUACAUUGAACAAAGUGAUUUCAAAUCGGAACCAGAAAAAGGCUACAGACGUUUGGCUCCUGGCCAAAGUGUGGGUCUGCGCCAUGCCAAUUUGGUGAUAUCCUUGAAGGAGGUUAAAAAAGAUGCAGCCGGUCACAUAACCGAACUUGUGUGUGAGUGCCAGCCCACGGAAAGUGCCGAGAAACCUAAAGCAUUUAUUCAAUGGGUAUCCCAGCCCAUUGAAAUCGAGGUACGCCUUUAUGAGCUGCUGUUCAAACACAAAAAUCCUGAAGAUCCCAAUGAAGUGCCUGGUGGUUUCUUGUCGGACAUCAACCCCAAUUCUAUGGCCGUUAUGCAAUCCUAUGCCGAUCGUUCACUAGCCAAUUGUAAGGUCUACGAUAAGUUCCAAUUUGAACGCAUUGGUUUCUUCUCCGUUGAUCCUGACACCAGUAAAGACAAAAUUGUGUUCAAUCGUACUGUCGGCCUUAAAGAAGAUGCUGGCAAAAAGUAAAAGAAUUCAAUGGUUUCAAAAAUCUUUGAUUUUGUAAAAAAAAAAAACAAGAA